AAGAAGAAGAAGAAGAAGAAGAAGAAGAAGAAGAAGAAGAAGAAGAAGAAGAAGAGGAAGAGGAAGAGGAAGAGGAAGAGGAAGAGAAAGAGGAUGAUAUGCUGAUGUAG